AUGCGGGCCAUCCGUCACUUUGUUUCGGAGAGCGUUUCGGGUGCCACCACUUUUCUUGCAGACUCGCCUCCAGCUGACGUCGCCGGACCGGUGGGCCGAAGCUACUUCUCCACGGAUCCCCAGAACUCGGCGGCCUGGUGGCUGAGGUACACCACCGCCACGCCCACUGAAGACGAUGGCACUGUGGGCCACGGAGUGAGCGAGGCGGCCGUUGCCGUUCAGGUGCAGAACCCCUUGGGCCACGAGGUCCAGAGGCUCUAUUUCCUCAGCGCUCCCGACUGGCGGAGCACAGUGAACACCAGCAUGCGGGACUUCGUGCAUGCGGCAGCGAUCUCCUGGGACACUGUCAUGAUGCGGAGGCAGCAGUAUGAGCCGUGGACAGACUUCCACGACGGCUUCCUCAUGAACACCCUUCGGCUUGAUGAGCUGGCUCAACAGCGCCACCCUCUUCAGCUGUACGACAGAUGCAAGGUUGCACGAACCUAUAUCCCGAACACCACGUACACGAGCGAGUGGUUGAGAAGAUCCACGAAGGAGAACGACCCCGGCUGUGGGCUCCUGCAGACCUCCGCGCCCCAGUACCUGGAAGAGUCUCGAUACGAUGACCCGGAUGCCUGCCGCGACAACUCCGACUUCGAGCAGCCGGUGCGCACCCUUUGGAAGGCAACCUUUGCGGUGCUGGAUGCUGGCGCCGCCCGGGACUUUGCAAUCCACGUGCUGGGGGGCUCCCGCAUUCCGGAGCCGUAUCCAUGGCCGGCCGAUCCCAACUGCAUUGCGGCGCAGUGGGUCAGCUUGCCGGUAUUUCAGGGCGACUUGGAGCGUCUUGCCUAA